AUUCUUUACACCUAUUGGUUGUUAUUAUUGUCACCUAGUCAGGUGACAAUAUUGAUAUUCAUAGCACGGGCUAUGAAUGACCGUGAAAGUUAUUGUGUACUAGUAAAGCCAUUCGAAGGCUCUUUUUCGUGCAGUCAAGACACGUUUUGUCAUGGACGACUCUGGCGACGAAAUUUCCUUAUUAGAAAAAGGCAAAACCAACCAAACUCAAAGAAGCUGCUGGAAAUCCUCCACUGGAUAUUGCUGAUGUGGUGAAGCUCGUCACGGGCGUUUUGCAGACCCAGUUUCAAAAUUUAUCAGGUCAGCUCAAAGCAGAACAGUCGGAGUCUAUCACUAAAAAAUUAAAAGAAAAUUCUAUUUUGAAAAUUAAAUCUGAAGGGAAUCGUGCACAGUACGAAUUUAAUGCCGAGAUUCUCGAGGGUCUAGAUAAACUAGAAACAAGAGCUUUUGACACUAAAGAUAGCGACUCAGUUACUAUCAUAGAAGAUUUGCGGAAAAAAUUAAAAACGCGCCAGAAACAUAUUCGAAUUCCUCUCCAGCCGGGUGGAAAACAGUAAAUGAAUACCAGUCAAGAGAAAUUGCGGACAAUUCGGAUGACGAGAAGAAAAUUCGAAGUGCGGAAAACCGCGCCCUCCAACAACAAAAACAAGGGCAGAACAGGCGUUUUCACCCAUAUGGCACCUACAAGACUCCCCCAGCGGCGGCGGCAGGCUCGGCAGCCCAGCUUAGUUCCUCUUAGCCUUCUGCUACUUCGUUUCAGCCAUUCACAUACCAGCAACAGCCCUUUCGUGGCAAAUCUGCACGGCGUCAACCACAGCCCAGUGACGUGUGCUUCAACUGUUUUUCCACAGGACACUGGAAAACCAACUGUCCCAAAAACAAGUCACAAAGUCAAUGAUAAGUAUAAAGUUCCGGAUAGACGAAUAGAAGACGCUGUUUGUUGUUUGAAGAAAGUUAUUGGUCGUUUCCCAGAUAUAACAGCGAGAGAACUGGCACAAGUAGUUGGAAAAAUCAUUUCCAUGACACCAGUAAUGGAUAUAUUUAAAGUGGGCAGAUGGAUGGGCAUUAACAACGAAAGUAAAGAUCGCCGUCUUGAGGAACUCGCAUCAGAACUACCUCGAUAUUGUAUAACAUCCAAGGCUGACAACACAGCAAAACAAUACAGAUGUGGAAGAUUUGGUUUAGAAAGAAAGAAAUUUUUGUUAUAUUGAAAUUAAUUAAAACUGCACUUUCAGAGCGCUUCACAUCCUACUCACGAGUUUGUGUUUAUUUCAUAAAUAUUUUAUGUUCGUUUGAGUGAAACGAAUAAGA